GAUCAGACUGCGUCACUUCCGGGCUUCCCUCCUUUCUCCGAGCUUCUAUCGGCGGUGUGACCCGCGUGUUUACACACUCCCAGAUGAAGGAGUCGAUAAUGAACCAGGAGAAGCUCGCCAAACUGCAGGCGCAGGUCCGCAUAGGCGGCAAGGGGUCAGCCCGCAGAAAGAAGAAGGUGGUGCACAGAACAGCUACGGCUGAUGACAAGAAGCUGCAGUUCUCCCUCAAGAAACUUGGAGUCAACAACAUCUCUGGCAUUGAGGAGGUGAACAUGUUCACAAACCAGGGGACAGUGAUCCACUUCAAUAAUCCAAAGGUUCAGGCCUCCUUGGCUGCCAACACCUUCACAAUCACAGGGCAUGCUGAGAACAAGCAACUCACAGAGAUGCUCCCAGGAAUCCUAAACCAGCUGGGAGCAGACAGUCUUACCAGCCUCAGAAGAUUAGCAGAGACCCUGCCCAAACCAGCUGGAGAAAACAAAGCUCCCAUGGUUGUUGCUGAAGAGGAGGAUGAUGAGGUCCCAGAUCUUGUUGAAAACUUUGACGAGGCUUCAAAGAACGAGGCAAACUAACAAACACCAGCGAACAUUUCAGCGCUCCUCUAGGCUCACCUUACUUUGACACAGCAGCAUUUUGUAGUUGUUCAUCUCUGUUAUUACUCUGUAGCUACAAACAAAAGUUGCUUUUUAAUUGUAACCCUCACAAUCGGGCUAAAACAAGCAAAACCGACUUUUUAUGACACUUGUUACCUACCCUUUUGUUUGAUUUGCCUCGUUCUGCAGUACAAGUGAUAUUAUUUAACUCAGUGGAAUGUGCAGACCUUUUUCUUUCUCACACUGCCGCUCCUGCAUUGUGAUUCCCACACAUCAAAAAUGUAUUGUUAGAAUUAAUCAUGUAAUAAAGAUUACAUUAAAAUUUC